AUGCAGAAGGAGAUGGUCCCGCUGGAGAUUCGCCCCACCGACGGAACUGAAAUUGGUGAGGCGGAUCGCAAUAUGGCCGCGUUUCUGGCCAGAAAGGGUCUCGAGACUGUGAAGGGAGGGCAAUUCUCCGCAAAGCCGAUGACUUCUACUCCAAUCGAUACUCAAUCUGCGAAGAAGACUUCCGGACCAUCGUCUUCCAUUGUUCCGGCAUCCGAACAGAUGAACAUCCUCGAGCCGAGUUCGCCGUUGUUUGAGAGAGAGAGAGAGUCGGAGGUCGCCCCGAGCACUCCAAAGCGCAGACCGGAAACCGGAAUCCGGAGACAGAUGACUCCUUUCGCGUUUGAUAGUCCGUGCAGUCCCGAUUCCAAAAAUGUCGAGACGGCGUUGAACACUAAAGGAAGUCCCAUCCCGAACGACGGCAAACAAGCACCGAGAAGAUGCUUGCUCGAGGUGAACGAGUCCUUCCAGGUAUGCAUUUUUUGAAAAUGAAAACAAGAUAUUCUCAUGUGACCCGUUUCAGAUAGACUCUUUCGGAUAGUCUUUAACCGUCCGUCUUUUCGCGAAGGACAAUUAUGACGACAGCGACGAGUCGUUCUGCGACGGACGUUCAAUAAACUACGAGAUGAGAAUAUGAGCUUCCUCUUGCGACAGUCGUCUUUGCGCAUGAAAUAAACUGUGUCCCUCGUGGCCAAAAAAUCGAGCAGGUUUUUGUCCUUGGUCAGGGCACGCUCUCCCUCGUAGACCUGGGUCAACACUCCCGGCCGGUUGUCAGAGUAGGUGGUUAAAGUGAUCGCGAAACUUGGCGAUGAGCAUGUACUGAUUGGGCACCGCAUCACGGACCACUUUGAUGCUGACAAUGGUCUGCAGCGAAACCUGAAAACGACAAAAUGCAACUUUUUUCUGGCAUUUCGUAAAUUUAUUAAGUCAUCGCGAAUGACAAGAGAAACAACGAAGAAAACGAUAUUAUCAACAAGACUUUGCACGUUUUGUAAUUUUGAAUUUAAAAUUCGCUAAUUUCAAUGGAAAAUCGAUAUUUUCGCAAUUUACACUACGCAAAAAGCGUUUUUCGGGAUGAAAUACCGAUAUUCAAAGAAAAAAGAAACGCACCGACAUUCCGGCUCCUUGCAAUGGAGCGCACUUGCACAGUCCCUUCGCUGGCUGCUUUCUUUUGAAAAAAAAUUCUUCUCACUAUUCAAACGCAAUUUAUGAGCUCAACCAUAUUAUUUCGAUAAAAAUUAUAUUGAUCUGAAUAUUAAUAUUAUGAGAAACAGAAGUCUCAGGUGCAGGUGCCAGCUCCGAUGUCAUCUCCCAUGCGAGAGCUUCCCAAUCCGAACGAGUCUGCGCAUUUCGAGACUAUCGACUUUUCGGACUUUCCGCUGCGUGUUUCUUAAAAGGCUGCUAUUGUUGAGACAUUCGCUUUGAAAGACCAAAUCCAAAAGCUGAUCGAAGAGAAGGUUGCCAAUCAACACGAGUUGGCGAUUCAUGCAAAAGAAAGGCGAACCAUUGAGGUAACAUUGUGUUUCGGAAUAUAUUUACGCUGUUCAUUUCAGUACGAGCGUGAAAGGAUCGCGACGGAACGCGGUCUCCAUGCUGAAGCAAAGCGGUGGCUGAUGCAGGAAGUGUCCGAACGGGACAACAAAGUGUCGAGCUUGCGUCUGGAGCUGACUCGGUUCGCACAGGACAUCGACAUGCUGUACAAAGCCUACUUCCCAUCGGAUUCUAUCGGCAGAGAGAUGAUCGAGAAGAUGCUGGCAAGCGGAAAGACCCCGGACGCCAUCGAGAUCUUUCUCCAGAAUGGAGUGUAAGUCAAUCAGUAACUGACCGCCAAUGAGUAACAAGUUUCAUUUUCAGGACCGCCAUGCCGGGUCUCGUGAAGACAUUGGAAAGCCGACAGCCGGCUAUUGUGUACAAGGAGAGACGGGUCAAGAGGAACUCUCUGGAUUCUGAUUACGAACAAGUGCCGGCGGUAAGCUUGAAAACCAUCUAAACUCAAACAAUUGUUCUCUUUUUCAGCUGACUCACGGAUUCGCCCAUCCGACCUCCAUCACAAACUACCGAUUCAUGCAGGCAGCCUUCGGAAGAGCGCUUUCGGCAAUUCAGGCUGUCAAGCAGGGUAGGGCUCUCGCCAAGAACUGCUCCAUCGAUCCGCUCGCCGAGAAGCCGUUCAAGUACAUGACGGAUGCUGCCUACGAAGAGUGGAAGAACGUGAUGAACGGCCAUCCGUCGGAGCCGAAGUUCACGAAUCCGGUUCUCUGGGGAGGAGAGCCGCCAGUUUGA